AAUGGUGGCAGGCAGAAAAGGUUUCCCUCACGUAAUCUAUGCUCGAAUAUGGCGAUGGCCCGAUUUACACAAGAAUGAAUUAAAACACAGCAAUUUUUGUCAAUUUGCUUUCGAUUUAAAGCAAGACAGUGUAUGUGUUAACCCUUACCACUAUGAAAGAGUUGUGUCUCCUGGGAUCGAUCUUUCAGGACUUUCUCUCCAGCAACAAAAUAAUAAUUCUCCAGGACAUCCCGUAAGCCUUAAGCAACGACUAGCGGAGACACCUGUUGCAGUAACUGUCGCUGAGCAGUCAAAUAAUGCUCUGAGGCCUAUAGAUUGCAGUCCAAUUGACCACGCCUCUCCUCCUCCCACCCAAGCCACCGUACAGCAUCAAAUGCCGAUGGCGUCGCCACAAGCUGCCCCACCUGGUGGCUACACACAGAACCAUUCUCCUCUGCAUUCUAUUACUAGUCCAGGUCCUCUAUCACCGUCGCUAUCGUCUUCUAGUAGUCAUAUGGGAGCUCUUUGUGGUCCAACAACGUGGGGUAUGGCUAAUGGGCAAAAUGUUUCGACAGAGAACCAUUACUGGUCUCCUUCAGCUCAAAUUAUACCUCCAUUAACAAAUUUGCCUUUUCCUGAGUACUGGUGCACUGUUUCAUACUUUGAAUUAGAUCAUUCCGUCGGAGAGUCUUUUAAAGUAUCUUGCAACAAUAGAUCCUUUACAAUAGACGGCUAUACAGAUCCUUCAAGCUUAGAUAGAUUUUGCCUUGGACAGUUAUCAAAUGUGCACAGGACGGAAGCAUCCGAAAGAGCUAGAUUACACAUCGGCAAGGGUGUUCAACUUGAACUACAAAAUGAAGGAGACGUAUGGAUCAAGUGUCAGAGCGAUCAUAGCGUCUUUGUUUCCAGCUAUUAUCUUGAUGCCGAAGCUGGUCGAUCACCUGGUGACGCAGUUCAUAAGAUAUAUCCAAGGGCCUACAUAAAAGUGUUCGAUUUAAGGCAAUGUUUUGUUGAAAUUAAUAAGCAGGUGGAAAGUGCCGCUCAACAGGCAAGAGCACAAGCAGCGGCUGUAGCCGGUUCAAAUGUACCUCUAGCCCAGCAUAUGAACAUGUCUACUCUGGGUGGUCUUGGUGUGGAUGACUUGAGACGUCUAUGUAUACUUCGUUUGUCAUUCGUGAAAGGUUGGGGACCCGACUAUCCAAGAAAAACUAUAAAAGAAACACCUUGUUGGGUAGAGAUACAGUUGCACAGGCCUCUUCAACUAUUAGAUGAUGUUUUGCAAGGACAUACAAGUAAUCAAAGGCAACCACCUAUGAUGUUACCGUGA